AUGUCUGCUGACCCUAUUAUCAAUCAAUCGCCUUCGUGUGUGAGGUGCAACAAAUCUAUUGCAUCCAGUCAGGUAUAUGAAUUAGAAAACAAAAAGUGGCAUGAUCAAUGCUUUACAUGCUACAAAUGCGAAAAAAAAUUGAAUGCAGAGUCUGACUUUCUGGUUUUGGACACAGGUACUUUAAUUUGCUACGACUGCUCCGAUAAAUGUACAAGUUGUGGCAGCAAAAUAGAUGACACAGCGAUUAUACUUCCUUCCUCGAACGAAGCCUACUGUUCCAGUUGUUUCAGAUGUUGUAGGUGCAACGAGCGUAUUAAGAACUUGAAGUAUGCGAAGACAAGACGAGGAUUAUGUUGCAUGGAUUGCCACGAAAAAUUGUUGAGAAAGAAACAGCAAUUAUUGGAAAAGCAAAAAAAUGACUUCUCGACAGGAAAUUCUGGAAUUCAACUUCCCCAGAGAUCAAUCAAAAGACCUCUAUCGCCAACCAGGAUAAAUGGUAUAUCAUCUGUCAGCACAAAUAACUCUGCGAUAAAUGAGAACCCUGUAGAAUCCAGUGAGGUUCAACAACUCACUCCACAGGUUUUAGUCUCACAAGAAAUUGAUGAAUCAUCAUCAGAUAAUGACAAUAUUAAUAAUGACAAUAACAACGACAGAAAUGAAAGAACAUCUCAUGCAAGAACAGUUUCUAUAGACGACAUUUUGAAUUCCACUUUGGAAAAUGAUAGUAACAGUAUUGAAGAACAGAGUUUGGUGGACAAUGAGGAUUACAUUAAUAAGAUGGGUCAAGAUGUGAACUAUAGGCUGCUGAAGCCUCAUAGGGCUAAUCAUGAUUCUAUAGUGAUAAAGGAUCCAAAGUCUACAAAUUCAAACCCCAACGCAAAUAGAUUUUUUUCAAUUUAUGAUAAAGACGAGACUGACAGAGAUGAUACAGAUGGCAAAGAAAAUGAUGGCAUAAUCAAUACACCUAGAAAUAGCACUGAUAAAAUUACAAGUCCUUUAAAUAGUCCUAUGUCUGUACAAGUUAAUGAAGAAAUCAAUCCUCCUCACGGAUUAGCAUUAAAUUUAUCAGAGGGCGGAAAAGAGAAUAAUAAACCAUCUCAAAGUAUGCAGAUGUUAACUUCCAAAUCUAUGAAUCAUGUUUCCCCGGUUACGAGAUCAGAUACGCCAGAAAUGAAAUCAUCUACAUCUUCGUCAACGUUACGUAUAUCUGAUAAUAGAAGUUCUAGCAGGCCUCAAACAUCGGAUCAUUUACAGCCUCAGAACAAAGGAACACCCUCCCCAAAUAAGAAGCUUUCAAGGUCAUUUUCUUUAAAGUCCAAAUAUUUUGUUCACAACUUGAAAAGUAAAACUUCGGAAAUGUUAGAUCCAAAACAUCCUCAUCAUAACAUUUAUACACAAGAAUCAGAUACUCAUUCAGGAUGGGGUGUUUCCUCUACGCAUACGAGCAUAAGAAAAUCAAAACCAAAAAAAAAUCCCACAUCAAGAGGUCAAAGUGACAGUACAAUAUACAACACUCUACCAGAGCAUGAAAAUUAUACAUCAUCUGAAUUCAAUCAUAAAAAGGCACAAAGUAGUCUUGGCGGUAUGCCCAAAAAGCAAACCUCUGGCGACAUAACUGCUAACAGACGUGUGAAUGGCUCAUAUCCAAGUUCAAGUUCAGGGCAGCAUAUAGCAAUGUUCCGUACACCGCCUUUAGAAUCAGGCCCCUUAUUCAAGAGACCAUCGUUGUCGUCUGAGUCUGCACACCACAGAUCUUCCAGCUUACAGACAUCUAGAUCCACUAACGCAUUAUUGGAGGACGAUUCCACGAAAGUAAAUUCUACCGAUGAAAGUGCAACAAGUUUAGAAAGGGAUUACUAUUUUACUGAGUUAACUUUAAGGAAGUUAAAGUUAGAUGUAAGGGAAUUAGAAGGCACAAAAAAUAAAUUAUUGCAGGAUGUGGAAAAUUUAAGACUAGUAAAAGAAAGACUAUUAGGUGAUGUUGAUUAUUUAAUAAAAGAAAAGGAUAAACAACCAGUAUCGUCCCGGAAGUCCUUAGAACAGAAAGAAAUCAGCGUAACACCUGUAAGUGUAAAGUCACCAAAUGCAAAUACAGACAGAAAAGGGAGCAUAUCCAAUGCCAGUCCUAAACCACGAUUCUGGAAAAUAUUCUCCAGCGGUGGUAAGGAUCAUCAGCCAGGGGAUCUAGAAUCCCAUCAACGUUCACCAAAUUCAUCUUCAAGUGGAAUGACGAAUAUAGCACAGAAAGAUAUAUCGACUCCUAAAUUAAUUCGUGCACACGAUGAGUUACCAUCACCGGGUAAAGUUUCACUAUCUCCAAGUCCGAAGAAAUUAGACUUGAUGCUUGAUGGUUCUCAUUUAUAUGGAUCGUCAUUACCAGCUAGAUGUGCAUUUGAAAAGAGUAGUGUUCCAAUGAUUAUUAAUUGCUGUAUUGAUUACAUCGAAGCAGAAGAUGUAGGCCUGAAUAUGGAAGGUUUAUACAGGAAGUCGGGCUCGCAAACUUUGGUUGAAGAAAUUGAGAAUGAAUUUGCUCAGAAUAAUGUAUUACAUAACAAUACGGUAAAUCCCAAAUUGGAUGCUUUGUUAAAUCAAGAUAUUAAUGCAGUGGCUAGUGUAUUGAAACGAUACUUGAGGAAAUUACCAGACCCAGUCUUAUCGUUUUCCAUAUAUGAUUCAUUAAUAAACUUAGUAAGGAGCAAUCAAUUCAUUGAAAGGUUACCACUAAACGACGACGGCUUUUCAGAUUCCCCACAGAGAAUGUCAUUACAUGAAAUUGCCCUCAAAAGCUUGCGAGAAAUUCUAAAAAAUUUGCCCCCAGAACACCAAGAAGUGCUGAGAGUAUUGGCAGCGCAUAUCAAUAAAGUACAAAAGUACAGUGAGAGGAAUUUGAUGAACUUACAUAAUCUGUCGUUGGUUUUUGCACCAAGUCUUAUUCAUGACCUAGACGGUGAAAAGGAUAUCGUGGAUAUGAAGGAGAGAAAUUAUAUCGUGGAAUUCAUACUAGUAAAUUAUAAAGACAUACUCAAAUCUGUAUGA